UUAUGCAAACACAAGUAUAUGAGGGGUUGUGUAAAAAUUAUUUUUCCCUUGCUGUACUACAAAGACAUAGAAUCAAACUGCCUGUUUUCGACAUACUGUUUUUUCCUUUCUCUUUUUCUUCUCUUUCUUCUAUUUCUUGUGGAUAUUAUGGCUAAUAACACAACAAGUUUAGGGAGUCCAUGGCCAGAAAACUUUUGGGAGGACCUUAUCAUGUCCUUCACCGUAUCCAUGGCAAUUGGGUUGGUACUUGGAGGAUUUAUUUGGGCUGUGUUAAUUUUUCUGUCUCGAAGAAGAAGAGCAAGUGCUCCCAUCUCACAGUGGAGUUCAAGCAGGAGAUCUAGGUCUUCUUACACCCACGGCCUCAACAGAACUGGAUUUUACCGCCACAGUAGCUGUGAACGUCGAAGCAACCUCAGCCUGGCCAGUCUCACUUUCCAGCGACAAGCGUCCCUGGAACAAGCAAAUUCCUUUCCGAGAAAAUCAAGUUUCAGAGCUUCUACUUUCCAUCCGUUUCUGCAAUGUCCACCACUUCCUGUGGAAACUGAGAGUCACCUGGUGACUCUAGCUUCUUCCAGUAUCUCUCCCACCAUCAGCACUUCCCACAGUCUGAGCCGUCCUGAUUUCCACUGGUCCAGUAACAGUCUUCGAGUCGGCCUUUCAACCCCGCCCCCACCUGCCUAUGAGUCUAUCAUCAAGGCAUUCCCGGAUUCCUGAGUGGGGUACUUUUGGUUGAUGUUUCUUUCUUUUCUUGUCUUUUAUUGAAAGGAAAUCAUAAAUAGGCUAAACAGAAUUUUGAGGGCAUGGCCCAAAUAACUGAUGAGUUCCAAGUUGAAACAUGAUUGUGUAAGUUGGACCUUACAAUGUAAAACACAUUUUCUUUGAACACGUUUUCCCUUUUGUUUCAAAAACAUGUAAUAUUUUCCCUCAAGAGUUUUAUAUUUAUGCAUUUUGUAUUCAAUGUGAGGCUUAUUAAAAAUAGUGAUUCUAAUAUAAGAAUCAGCUAAGCUGAAUUACAUAUACUUUAAAAUUAAAACUUUGAAUAUUUGUGGAUUACAAUCCUCAUUCACUUCCAAUGUGACUAUAAAGAGAGAAAAAUCACUGUGUCACUUAAAAAAAAAAUCUGAGGAAUUUAGAUUUUACUUUCUUUAGAAUGGCAAGUGAAUCACACUGACAUUUUUCAAUCUUGGAUUUUUUAUUUAUUUUUUUUUUUGAGACAGGAUCUUGGUCUGUCACCCAGGCUGGGAGUCUAGUGACAUGAUCAAAACUCACUGCAACCUCUAUCUCCCAGGCUCAAGCAAUCCACCCAUCUCAGUGCCCCAAGUAGCUGGGACUACAGGGGUGCCCUACCUUACCCGGCUAAAUGUUUUUGAAUUUUACUAGAGAUGAAGGAAGCUUCACUAUGUUGCCCAUACUUGUCUCAAACUCCUGAGCUCAAGUGAUCUUCCCACCUCGGCCUCCCAAAUCCCAAAGUGCUGGAAUUAUAGGCAUGAGACACCAUGCCUGGCCAAUCUUAGAUUUUUAGUGGAAUAUGUGGGCACAAAAUGACAGAACAGAGGACAUUCUAAGUUCCUUGAUUUUACUCAUUAUGAGAAGUAUGGGACUCAAGCACAGGAAACUGAACUCUUUUGGUGUCACUGGAUGUUUCAUUUUUGCCACUAUAUUUUCUGGACAAACUCUUUAGGUACUUUUCCCAAGAAUAGUUAUCUACUUCCUUGAGGCAAAAUUCUUGAAUUUGCUGACAUGAUGAUUUACCUUUUCUCCAUUGUUGUCAUUAUGUUAUUAGAAAAGCAACAGGAAAAAAAUCCAACUCAUUUAACCUAAAAAUAAGCCUCAAGUUUAAAACCAAACUUACAUUUUUCUAAAGGGAAAAGUUUUCUUUCUUAAACUUACAUCUAGCAACUUGGAAAGCACUUUCUCUGGGGAUCUUCUUUUGUAACUUCACAGACAAAUAGAUAUGAGUCACUGGGGGAGUGUUUGUUAUUGAAAUAGAUGUUACACCCAUGAAGAAUUCUCUUUCCUGGAUUGACUCUUAGUCAUCAAGCAUCAUCCCUCAUUUGUUUCUCUAUGGAUUUCAAUUCCAACUUCUCUGCAGAGUCUUUGUACAGUGAUUAAGCCAUACCAUAUGGUCUUUGAUGCAGACAGUUAUUUAAGAAGCCAUUUCCACAGGUGGCUGCCCUUGUAAGGGAGGAUGCAUCCCUAAAUGUGGGCACAGGAGAGCUCCAGUGGGCAGAUGUCUGUGGCUGCCCUUUUCAUUUAAGGACAUGAGUUCACUGGAGUAUUAUUCAAAAAGCCUGUGGUUCAUUUCCAGUAUUAUGAAUGUGGGAAAUGUGGCCAUUUCUUUGUUUCUUUGAACGUUGAAAUUUUCAGUGAAAAAGUACUCUCUUUUUCAUUUCCUAUUGCAGUGGUCAGAGCUAAUGGUGUCUGAAUAUGGUUCAAGACGAAGAGAUUUCAUGUGGCAUUUUCUUUAUUAUUUUCAUUUCAGUUAUAUUAUCCAUCGUUUCUCAAGGAUAAUUAUUCUUAAUAAUGUUUAUAGAAGACGUUCUCUAAUUAAACAUGCCAGAAAGAAAGACAGAGGGAAAGAGAGAGAAAGGAGAAGAUGAAAUAAAGAAAACAUAAAGGGAAAAAAGCUAACAGAAUAACAAAUUUGUUUUAAGUUGGUUUGCAGCAAAUAAAUUUAGCAUCCAAGUAAGAUUUCAAGAGAAAGUUAACUUGGUAACAAGGCUUUUUUUUUUUUUUUUUUUUAACUUGCGUGUCAUCCUUAAUGCCUACCAUGAAAAAUCAACAGUUAUAAUUUUUAUCGAGAAUUUAUGUUGGGAGUAAAAACUGCUUUGUAUCUCCCAUGUUAGAAAGAGAAGAGCAGAAAUCCUCUGGGGCAUUUAACCGUCUGGCAGAAUUGUUGCUGCAUCUCUAUCCCAGAUAUAAAACAGUCAAAAUGACUACUUCCUAAAUAUUGUGCAGUAUAUGAAAUGUGAAAUUAAAGCAAAAACUGGAGACUUUAGCAUUGUAUUUCUUUAAUUUGAAAUGUUCUGUGGAUUAUAAAAUAAAAAUAAAUUGAUGUCAA